AUGACAGACCAAGAUAUUCCGUCCCAGAUUCCAUUGGUGCCGACUUAUACAUCCAAUACUCACUCUGUGAAACCACACUCGGUUGAGCAGUUCUCCACUAUUCCCAAUGCGUACAUAGUUAUAUCCCACACUAAUCAAAAUCUUGAUUAUGGGAUCAUCCACAAGUACGAAAUAGGGGGCUUCAAAGGAUAUUCUGGAAAAUUCUCUUCAAAUGUAAUACGGAUUAUUCAAACGUAUGAAGAGGUGGAUUAUAUCGAGCAAGAUAAAUAUGUACAAGCAGCAUCUAUUCAAAAGCAAGCGCCUUGGGGCCUGGCUCGAAUCUCACACCGUGAAGAAUUAAACAACCUUACGUUUGAUGAAUACAUUUACGAAAAAGACGGCGGCAAACAUGUUAAGAUAUACAUUCUUGAUACCGGAAUUUAUGACAAACACAAUGAUUUUGAGGGUAGAGCUUCUUUUGGAGUAAAUCUAUUAAAUAAUUCUUCUUCGGAAGGCGACAACGGUCAUGGAACCCAUUCUGCUGGAAUUAUUGGAGGUAAUAUAUACGGAGUAGCCAAAAAAGCCAAGCUAGUCUCUGUAAAAACCUUGGAUGAAGAUGGUACUAGAACAGUAUCAGAUGCUAUAGCUGGAAUUCACUGGGUACUAAAGAGGCAUACAUUCGAUGUUCAGAAAUCUCUUCUUAAUAAAUGGAGAUAUAAAGAAGCCAUCAUAGCCUUAAAUUGUGUCACAACGAUUUCAUUUGUAUUCAACCAAGCCGUUGACGAGGGAACGCAUUAUGGGAUUUCUAUUGUUGUUCCUGCUGGAAAUAGCGGGAAUAAUGCUUGCUAUUAUUCACCACCUUCUGCUGUUGGGGCAAUUAAAGUUGGAGCAUCCACAUACUACGACACAGCUGCACAAUUCUCAAACUACGGAGAUUGUGUAGAUUUAUAUGCACCUGGUCAAAAUAUACUAUCCGCCUGGAAUUCGGACAAGAGCGCAAAAUAUGUCCUUUCAGAACAUCGGCAGCAGCAGCACAUGUUGUAG